AACCACCAUGUCCCCCCUCCCCCAAAAAGUCGCCUUCGUCACCGGCGUCAACGGCAUCAGCGGCUACGCCAUCGUCGAGCACUUAAUCCGCCAACCCAAAGAAGAAUGGAGCAAAAUCAUCAUCACAUCCCGCCGCCCCCUCCCAGCCCCCUGGAUCGAUCCCCGAGUCGAAUUCAUCGCCGUGGACUUCCUCGCCCCCGUGGAAACCAUCAUCGUCAAGCUGCAACGUAUCUGCGCCCCCGUCACCCACGCCUUCUUCACCUCGUACGUCCACGACGACGAUUUCCGCAUUCUCAGGGAGAAAAAUGUCCCCCUGUUUAGGAAUUUUCUGGAUGCGCUGGAUGCGGUGUGUCCGGCUUUGGAGAGGGUUUGUUUGCAGACGGGGGGGAAGUACUACGGCGUGCACCUUGGCCCGGUCAAAGUUCCCCUCGAGGAGACCUUCGCGCGAUACGACGACCAGGGAUAUAACUUCUAUUAUAACCAAGAGGAUUAUUUGAAAGAGGUCCAAAGUCGACGGAAGGUCUGGUCGUGGAAUGUCAUUCGGCCGAAUGCCAUUAAUGGGUUUGCGCCGCAUGCAAACGGAAUGUCCGAAGCCCUGACCAUCGCCAUAUACAUGUUGAUCUGUCGGGAACUUGACCAGCCCGCAAUGUUCCCCGGAAAUGAGUACUUUUGGAACUCGAUCGAUGAUAACUCGUACGCACCAAGUUUGGCCGAUCUGACGGUGUGGGCUGCGUCGCAGGAACAUUGUAAGGAUGAGGCGUUUAAUCAUGUCAAUGGGGAUGUGUUUGUGUGGAAGUAUAUGUGGCAGGAUGUGGCGAGGUAUUUUGGGGUGGAGGUACCAGAACCAAAGUUUGAAAAGGCAGCCGGACAGGCAAAGACCUUGAGUAACGAGAUUGAUAUGGUGGAAUGGGCCAAGGAUAAGCGGGAGGUGUGGGAGAGGGUGGUUCAGAAGUACGGAGGCAAGGUUGAGGCGUUUGAUUGGGGCACUUGGGGCUUCUUUAACUGGGCGACGGGCAAGUCGUGGUUGACGAUCUCGUCCAUCAACAAGGCGAGGAAGUAUGGCUGGCACCGGAACGAUAACACGUGUGAUACUUGGAUUGAGACAUACCGGUCGUUUGAGAACGCGGGGGUUCUUCCUUCGCAUACUGCCUUGGCCUCAACCCACUAAUCAUUGCGUGGUCAACGUUGUAUUUGG